AUGGAUGGCCGGCGCAAAGGUGCGAUUUCGAAGUUUUUUGUGUCAAGGUUACCAGAAAAGUGUAGCUCUAAGGAUGUCGAGGAGGCUCUAGGAUCAUACGGAGCAAUUCAGGGGGUUUAUAUCGCUAAGAAAAGAGACAAAAAUGGAUACCGGUUCGGUUUUGCGAGCUUCUUAGGGGUGAAGGAUGCGACUGAGCUAGAAAAGCAGAUGAGAAAUAUAUGGAUCAGAAGUUACAGGCUGUUCAUUAACGUUGCUAGGUUUGCAACGGAAAAUGACACGAAGGAUAGGAAAGAUCAAAGUGUCAAGGAACAGGAAGUGAAACAGAACCGUUUCAAAGCUCAGGAAGGUUUUAGAGGCAGCUCUUCUGUCAACAAAGGGUCUACGUACGCCGACAUGGUGACGGGUAAGUCUAUAAGCGCGGGCGGCACAAAGGAGGUGAAGGUGUCGGAGUUCGCGUCGGCUUACGUCGAUCUUCACAACAAGGUUAUUGUUGGAAAGUUGAAAGAUUUAUGGUACCUGAGGAAGUUAGACAUUCUGCUCAAGGAAGCAAAUUUUGGAAACGCGGUUAUCAAAUACAUUGGAGGUCUGAACGUUUUGGUGGUUUUCAACUCGGCAUUCGAGGCAGACAGGUUUAGGGCUAGUUCAGCGGGGUUUGGUUGGUUUGUCGGUGUUGAGAUAUGGAAGGGUCAAGCGAUCGCCUUUGAAAGGAUGGCAUGGCUUAACAUUCAUGGUGUGCCUUUACAUCUGGCCAGUAACGAAACUUACGACUCGGUGGGGAGAGUUUUCGGGAAAGUUAUACAUGCGUCACAAAGACAAGCGGAGGAUAACAUCCUUACGGUUGAUUGUGUGUGCAUGUUAACAGACACGGUUAAAAGGAUUGAGGAAGAAAUUGUGAUUGUGGAGAAAGGUAGACGCUUCAGAAUUUGGAUCGAAGAAGAAAGGGGGGCUUGGAUUCCGGACUCGGUCGACAAUCAGGAAGUGGGUUCGGAAGGAAGUGAAUGA